GCUGCGUACCAAGGUAGCAAGACGUCAUCAGCUUCUCCAUCCAAUUCGACGCCGCCUUCCUUGCCGCAGCACCAUCACAUGCAUCAACCGCCACCCCAGCAUGCGUACGCAAACCAUCCGACGAUGCUCCGCACGCCGAGCUAUGGCGGUGGACCGAUGGUCGUGACACCCGACGAUGAAGCCUUUGGCGCGUACAACAACGGGUACAGCAUGCACCCUCAGUUUAGACAACCCAUGCCUCCUACCAACAUGUCUGCCAACACAUCGCCGGCCUCGACAAGACCGCCGGUCGGAUCGAUAGGGUAUGGCGCACCUCCAGCUCGGCCGCUCGACCGGGUGCCUACUCCGGGGUCGGCCACCUUUCCUGGACAACUCGAUCCAGCGAUUACCGCGAAUACAAUGUCAGAUCCCGUGUCAUCGACGACCAACACGAAAUUGCCUGGGCGGUACAGUCUCGACGCUCGUCUGCACACCACCUCGAGCCCUAGCCUAGAACGCAAUGACUUGGGCACCCGCUCCGCAUCCGCCGAUGGCAUGAUCGAGCAGACUGUCCAGCUGCCAGGACAGCCCAAUACGACGAUCAAACGGAUGUCGCGCGACGGGUACUUUGAGGGCGCUUUCAACGUACUGCCCCGAAAUCGGCGUCAGCUAGCUCUCCAUCGUUUGCCAUGCCGUUCGACAAGUCUUCGCGAGAAUCUUUGGAGGCCAGCACCAACAACGGACCCGGUUCAGAUGCUUGGAACUCGACGCCAAGGUGGCACCGUCCAUCCUUCCCAUUCCCUCCCGCUGGAAGCAGUGUUUACCGAGCUCCAGACUCGAUGGAAGACUCUACCGAUCUGCGCAAGAGCAUCUCACAUCGGGCGAGCGUAUCACAGCAACACCACCAUCAACAACAACAAGCGAACUUUGCCAACGGAUCCGCCAGUUCUAUUCGACCUGCUCAACGCUGGACGAGAGCGAGCUUCCCAUUCCCUGAAAAUCGCGACAACGGCAUGGGUAUCAAUUCGGGCGAUACCAAUCAACAGUAGCCUAGUAGUCUCGUGAUGCCCAUUUCCUCUUUCACCCCUUCGAUUUGGUCUCUAGGUUUUGUUUGCGUUGCCACUUCCGCGUUCUAGUUUUGAGUAGAUAAUCUUGCGAGUUGUGACAUGCCGGGGUCGCAAGUACCACGAUGUUGUACCAAACAUGAAUCGUUACGAAUCUUGCAC